AUGAAGAGUAUUUUAGACUCCCUCCUCACAAUCAUCUUUCUCCUUACCAUCUUCCUUAUUGCCUUGAACCAUUGCCAAUGUUCUAUCACCAUAUUUCGAAAAGAUCUGAUAACCAAAGUAUGCAAGAAGACUCCCAAUUACAAACUUUGCAAGUCAACUCUGAAAUCAGGCGAUCGGAUCUCCCAAACUGCUAUUAAAGGUCUAUGCCUCAUCGCUACUAAUGCCUCAAUGACUAAGUCAAAGCGGUUUUUAAGCAACAUGAACAUCCUUUAUAAGAAAUAUCCGGAGUUCCAAUCUUUCUUGAUUAAGUGCAAGAAAAGAAUUAGGACAAUUGGGUGGGAGCUUAUUCCAAAUGCCCUUCAAGCAUUGGAAAAUAAUGAUACUUCUAAAGCAGCUCAAGAAACUAUGUCCAAAGCUGUCAUAGGGGCUGAUGAAUGCAUAAACAGUGUGAAGAUCAAAAGGCCAAUUGUAAUUCCAGAAGACCCAUGGAAAAAACUUAAAGAUGAUGCCAAUAGUGUGUAUAAUCUCUUUGCUGUGAAUGUAAGCAUAUUAAAGCAGAUGAAGUCUCCAUAA